AUAGCCAUGUUCAGCGGAAUGUUUAAUUUGCAACUGUCUUUCUGAGCUGAGAUUGGAUUAUUCUUUUAGAUCUACGGUAAUAAUCCAAUGUCAGCACAAGAAACUUCCAAGUUGCAAACUAAACGUUGCCGAACUCGGCCAAUGGCACAUAGAUAAAACCUCGGUGUUUCCAGCGUGUAUAACGAAAGCGAGAGAGAAGUUCCUGGAAAAAUAUCCACAUCUGUCGCGUUUAAAAAUUUGACUUAUCUUCAAGUCUGUUAAAAUUCAUUCUACUUGUCCGAUGAAUGAAAUAUUAUGAAAUAAAAGGAUAUUUUCGAAUUCAAAGAAGAUUCAGGAUCCAGAUAUAAAUUCAACUAUUGCCUGCCGUUCGAUGAAUUUAGAUCAACAAGUAGCAAACGCUACUUCACCACCCAUUGUGUAUGAUCAGAAAUACAUGAAUUUCGUAGAUACCUUAUUGAAGGAAUCGGCCGACGAGUUUGAGAAAGAAAGGAAAUUUUCAGAGUCGAGUUUACUGAAACUAUACAAGCUAUUCGGUGUAACGUUUGAGAGAGGCUUAGAUCUAUAUGAAAGGCGACGAGUCACACAAAUCUCCACAUCCAAGAUAAUUAUAAAAGAACCAUGCAAGAGUGCAAAUGAGGCUAAUUGGUUGAUACAAGUUAAAGGACACUCAGGAGCAUUGUAUACUCUUUUUCCCGAAACAAAUUAUUGUACUUGUGAUGCCUUCAGAUAUCAGGUACUGAAGGAUCGGUCUGCUUUUACAUGCAAACAUGUAUUGGCAGCUUGGCUAGCCAGCAUUGACAAUGAAAAAUUGUUGCAUCAGCAACUGAUGCAAAAACAGUUCGACAGUUUAUUGUUAUAUCAAGUCUCAUACAAACAUGAUGCGUUCUAAUGUCGAAG